UGGUUCCGCAUGCGCGCUGGGGUGGUGCGAGGCGCACGCUGCGGCGGCUCGGCGGCUGGUACUGAUCUACCAAGUCUGAACGUUCGGACUAAAGAGCUCGACGCGGGACUUCAGUGCGGGAUUCACACACAUACCUCAGGUUUUUUUACUGCAACACAUUUGCCAGUAAUACUGAGAGAAAAUAUAUCCUGAUUUGUAAGAACAAAGACUCUGGAUCCAAACUUCAUAGAAUGCCGGGUCUAAGUUGUAGAUUUUACCAACACAAAUUUCCUGAGGUGGAAGAUGUAGUGAUGGUCAAUGUAAGGUCCAUUGCUGAAAUGGGAGCUUAUGUCAGCUUGCUAGAAUACAACAACAUUGAAGGCAUGAUUCUUCUCAGUGAAUUAUCCAGACGGCGUAUCCGUUCUAUAAACAAACUCAUCCGAAUUGGCAGGAAUGAAUGUGUGGUUGUUAUUAGAGUGGACAAAGAAAAAGGAUAUAUCGAUUUGUCAAAAAGAAGAGUUUCUCCAGAGGAAGCAAUCAAAUGUGAAGACAAAUUCACAAAAUCUAAAACCGUUUAUAGCAUUCUUCGUCAUGUUGCUGAGGUAUUAGAAUAUACCAAGGAUGAGCAACUGGAAAGCCUGUUCCAGAGGACUGCCUGGGUCUUUGAUGACAAAUACAAGAGACCUGGUUAUGGUGCCUAUGAUGCAUUUAAGCAUGCAGUCUCAGAUCCAUCUAUUUUGGAUAGUUUAGAUUUGAAUGAAGAUGAACGGGAAGUACUUAUUAACAAUAUUAAUAGGCGUUUGACCCCACAAGCUGUCAAAAUUCGAGCAGAUAUUGAAGUGGCUUGUUAUGGUUAUGAAGGCAUUGAUGCUGUAAAAGAAGCCCUGAGAGCAGGUUUGAAUUGUUCUACAGAAACAAUGCCCAUCAAGAUUAAUCUAAUAGCUCCUCCUCGGUAUGUGAUGACCACGACAACCCUGGAGAGGACAGAAGGUCUCUCUGUCCUCAAUCAAGCUAUGGCUGUUAUCAAAGAAAAGAUUGAGGAAAAGAGGGGUGUGUUCAAUGUUCAAAUGGAGCCCAAGGUGGUCACAGAUACAGAUGAGACUGAACUUGCAAGGCAGCUGGAGAGGCUUGAGAGAGAAAAUGCAGAAGUGGAUGGAGAUGAUGAUGCAGAAGAAAUGGAAGCAAAAGCUGAAGAUUAACUUUGUGGGAAGCAUAGUCUAAUUUGAGGAACAUGAAGCAGCCCUUCUUGGCUAUAAACCCUAGACUUGAAAGUUUUCCAGUAUUGAAAACUUCAAAGCCGAAUAUUUUUUAUUUCCAAGUAUUUAAAUAUUCCAACACUGUAAAACAUGAAAUGCCCUCCUAAAUGUCAGCUGUUUUCACACAGUAACUCUGACACGUUUUUUUAAGGGAGCAGCCCAAUUUCACGAGAGAAAAUCUUUGAGCUUAGAACAGUCCUAAAAUUGGGCUUGUGACUUCCAUUUCUGAUGUCUCCAGAUUGGCACCCUUUGAGUUCAGUGCCUCCGUGAGAUUUACCAGGGGCCCCCAAAAUAAACAAUAACAAUCCCAAUCUUUCUAUAUAAAAUGUAUUAAAGCAAACAUCAAAUAAAUUUCUGGGAUAUUUAACUAUAGGCCUCUUCCUUCUUGUCACCAGUUAAAAGCAUUCUGAAUGAGAAGACCCUAAUUCUUUUAUCUUUAUUUUGGUCUAGAUGCAGAAAUAUAAGAGCAAGUUAUCAAAGGAUAUGUACAACAAACCCUUUUAAGAGAAAAUGAUUUUAACUCAAUCACAGUGAUAUUGACCCUUAGAGGGUGUAAAGCCUUAAAAUGCAAUUAAAGAAUUACAUUGUUA